UUGGUGGUGUUUUGUUUCACGCACGCAAAAGCCUUGUUGGCCCGCAUUCGUUUGGCCAGAGGGACGACGGUGGAAAGUGUAGUUAACCCGUGCGCGGAACGAAUUAUGUGACGAGGGAAUUCCAUUCCUGAAAGGCGGCCACUAUUGCGAGCAGGUUUGUUUGCUUUGGGAGAGUCUGCCCGGCCCAACCUCCAAACGCUCCAAAGCAAAGGAACGUAAAUAUUCACGGCACGUGUACGCUAUCGUGUGUGUGUGCUUUACCGAGAACAACAAAUUCGUUGUUUUCCUUCCCGCGUGAAUUUAAACACAAUCGAUGCUACUGUGAGUGGUUCCCGUCGUGUGUCCCCGUCCGCGUCAUUCGAGAGCCAACCACCAUGAGGAACUACGUGCCAGACAUCAUCAUUCUGUUCAUCAUCAUCGUAACGAUUACCGUCGUCCGGCUGGUAUCGCAAAUACUGCACGAAACGCUUGCCGAUGGACCGCCGGAACUGGUGCUGCCGCCACCGGCCGAAGGGGCCGCACCGAGGCCCGAACUGUCCCUCAGCCAGCUGAUCGAUCAAAAAUCGAAAGAGUACUCGUGGCUGCUGCGCCUGCUCGUCAACCUGUUCGGCUACUUCUGCAUCUUCAUCCCGGGCGUGCUGAUCUACAAGUAUGCCAAGCGCACCAAGUACAUGGAACGUUCGGACCGUUCCCAUCUGUCCGCGCUGGUAAAGUUUUGCUACUCCGGCACGGGCACGGACGGGUUGGACCGGCCGCUGGAUGGCCCGGCCGGGGCUGGUAAGGGAGCGACCGGCAGCAAGCGCACCACGGCCCAGGAGUGUGCCCUGCUCUGCUACUGUCUGGUGGGGCUGAUGGGUUCCUACCUUACCUGGGGCGUGCUGCAGGAGAAAAUAAUGACCCAAGAGUACGAGGGGCCGGAGAAGCGCAAAUCGCACUUCAAAGACUCCCAGUUUCUGGUGUUCUCGAACCGUGUGCUCGGCUUCCUGAUAACGGCAGUGUAUCUCGUGGCGAAGCGCCAGUUCCGGCACCGUGCCCCACUGUACAAGUAUUCGUUCGCGUCGUUUUCCAACAUCAUGAGCGCCUGGUUCCAGUACGAGGCACUGAAGUUCGUCAACUUUCCCACCCAGGUGUUGGCGAAAUCGUGCAAAAUCAUCCCGGUGAUGAUCAUGGGCAAGAUCAUAUCGCGCAACAAGUACGAGUUUUACGAGUACCUGACCGCGGUCAUGAUCUCCGUCGGUAUGAUCUUCUUCCUGACCGGCUCGACCGACGAGUCGAAAGCGUCCGCCAUGACCACGCUGACCGGCGUGCUGCUGCUCACGUUCUACAUGAUCUUCGACAGCUUCACCUCGAACUGGCAGGGCGAGCUGUUCAAAUCCUACUCGAUGAGCUCGAUACAGAUGAUGUGCGGGGUGAACCUGUUCAGCACACUGUUCACCGGGGCGUCGCUCGCGAUGCAGGGCGGCUUCUACAGCUCGCUCGUGUUUGCCGUCGACCAUCCGAAGUUUGUGGUCGACUGUGUGGUGCUGUCGAUCUCGUCCGCCAUCGGGCAGCUGUUCAUCUUCUACACGAUCGCUACGUUUGGGGCGGUCGUGUUCACGAUCAUCAUGACGCUCCGGCAGGCCGUUGCCAUACUGCUGUCCUGCCUGAUCUACCAGCACCGGAUCUCGUUCCUCGGCGUGGUCGGUGUGCUGAUCGUGUUUUUGGCCAUCUUUCUCCGGGUGUACUGCAACCAGCGGCUAAAAGCGAUCAAGCAACGGCACCAGAGCGCACAGGGCGGUGGUUCGGGCGGCAAACCGCGCAUCAACGUCUAGGGGGGCGUGCCCGUUUUACUUAAGCUAUAAGUAGCAGCAACAGUAACGGUAGCGGCGUUCAUAGUUCAUAGAUUUGCAUUUUACAAUUUUAGUCGUUCGAAUUUGUAGGCGAAAUAGUUGCACCGACGACAGUAGCCAGUUUCGCCUGUGAUCGCAGAAUCCAAUUUUCCGUUUCAUCCACCCAUAACCCCAGUUAGGAUAUAACGUUCCAAUCCCAGGGCAGCCAGCUGUCCUGGGUGUUUUAGUUUUAGCGAGAUAACAGAUGUUUUAUUUAUAACGACAUUUAGUGGACGCAUCGAGAGCGCAGAUGUGUCGCGAUUGCGGUUGUUUGAGACCGGCAGCGGACCGGGGGCGGAAGAGUAACCGAACCGAUCAACGAUCAACGCUUAAACGCUUGUUCUAACCAAAAAGAAAAAAAAGGUGUGACGAUCGAUCGACGAUUGUGAAUCGCGAUCGUAAUAUGUAUGUUUGUCCUGUGUGUAUGUGUACCGUUUGGAAAGGCGAUGAAAUAAAUUGGUGGAAACGAAA